AUGAUACAGAAAUUAUGGCUGUCUCGUUCGGGCUGGGACGAUGAUUUGGAAAAGGCGCUACAAGAUGAAAGGCAGAACUACAGAUCAAGUCUUACAGAAUUAGAAAAGAUCAAGAUUACUAGAUGGUUCAGUUACACCUCGACGGCAUGUAAAAUGGAACUACAUGGUUUUUGUGAUGCGUCAAUUAAAGCGUAUGUGGCAGUUGUCUAUUUGCUAGUCAAAAACGAAAGCGGUAACAGGCAAAUUAGUCUGGUGGCGGCAAAGUCAAAAGUAGCUCCAAUAAAGACGAUUUCUUUACCAAGACUAGAGCUGAGUGGAGCAGCAUUGUUAGCAAAAUUAAUAAGACGGAUGAUCUGCGUUUUGAAAAUUACGAACUGGUCAGAGGUACGGGCCUGGACAGAUUCCCAGAUUGUUUUAGCCUGGCUUCAAGGGCAUCCAAGUAAAUGGACUACUUUUGUGGCAAAUCGGACUGCUGAGAUCCACCAUUUAUUGGGAAAGAAUAUAUGGCGACAUGUACCGUCAAAGCAGAACCCAGCAGACUGUGCUUCGCGGGGUGUUCUACCUUCAGAACUGCCAAAUCUGGACUUAUGGUGGCGCGGACCUGAAUGGUUGAGCAUGCCUGAACAAUUUUGUCCUAAUAGAGCCACAUGCGAGAGCACCGACGAAGAAGUGCGUAAAUCAGCAACUUGCUACAGUACACUCACUAACGAUCAUCUUGAUAACAAUAUUCUAGGGUUACAAAAUAGGUUGUCCACAUUUACGAAUUUAAUACGAGUAACUAGCUAUGUGAGAAGAUUUAUGAGUGUUGCUAAGAAAGUUAAGCAUGAUGGCAGUUUUAUAACAGAAUUCAAUGCAAGUGUAUUUACAUGGAUACGCAUUGUUCAAGGGCAUCAAUCAUUUUGCGCAUGA